AUGUCUGACUUACACCAUAAACUUGGAUCCUCUGGUCUCAAUGUGUCAAAAGUGAUUGUGGGGUGCAUGUCAUUUGGCUUAUCAGGAUGGGCCAAUUGGGUGUUGGAAGAUGAAGAGAAAGUGUUUCUGAUUUUGAAGAAAUGCUACGACAAUGGCUUGAGGACGUAUGACACCGCUAACAUGUACUCCAAUGGCCAAUCGGAGAUCUUGUUGGGAAAGUUCUUGAAGAAGUACAAUAUUCCCAGAGAUCGGGUGGUGAUUCUCUCCAAGGUUUUUUUCCCUGUCAACGCAGAAGACCCGAAUGUUCGUUUUGGUGCCUCGGACACCCAGACUUACGAGUAUAUGAACUCACAGGGCUUAUCAAGAAAGCAUAUUCUUGACUCGGCAAAAGCCUCAGUGGAGAGAUUAGGAACCUACAUGGAUGUUCUCCAGAUCCAUCGUUUGGACAAGACCACGCCAAAACAUGAAAUUAUGAGGGCAUUGAACGAUACAGUUUUGGAAGGCUACACCAGAUAUAUCGGAGCUUCGUCAAUGAGGGCCACUGACUUUGCAGAGUUACAAUACGUUGCAGAUAAGAACGGCUGGUUCAAGUUCAUAUCCAUGCAAAACUACUACAAUUUGGUCUACAGAGAGGAAGAAAGAGAAAUGAUUCCUUACUGUAACGAUAACAUCUUUGGAAAGGUUGGAUGCAUUCCAUGGUCGCCAAUUGCUAGAGGACUUUUGGCCAGACCUUGGAAGUCGGAGUCUCAGCACAAUAGAAACAGUGACACGGAUAUCUAUAUUUCCCUCUUGACUGGUCUGCAGUAUGCGGAUGAAGAGAUCAUCAACAGAGUGGAGAAGGUUGCAAAGAAACUUGGAGUUUCCAUGGCCAAUGUUGCAACUGCCUGGGUCAUCAGCAAGGGUCAUACGCCUAUCGUAGGAAUUAAUACCGAAGAGAGAGUGGACGAUACCAUUCGAGCUAUUUCUUUGAAAUUGAGUGAGGAGGAUAUCAAGUACUUGGAGGAGCCAUACGUCCCCAAGCCUGUGUUCGGCUACCAGUAA